AGAAGCAAUGGAAUUAGACCAAGAUUUUACGAGAAGGCAGUCUUCUGACAGUCCGAACGUGUCCUGAUUUGACGGAGCUUGAUGAAACGGACGCAUCGGCUGGCCCCCCUUGUGGGAAGGUAGAUAGUGGGGGGUCUUCUGAGGGAUGAAUGAGGAAGAAAGCACGAGCCCAGUCCCGUGCAGGAGUCCGAUGGACCAAUCGCUUGCGAGGCAUUGCAUGUCCUGGUGAUCAACGUCAGAACGGUAACUGCCACAUCGUAAAGAGGGCUCCCGCGGAGAACAUCGGGCGCGAACCCACCUGUUGACCUUGUCAGGCUCCCGUUGCGUUUGCUGCUUGCACUGCCUGCUUGUGCCCACUGUGCGCCCCGAAAUGGACACCCGCUGAUUGGUCAGAGCACAGGCCCGCACACGAGCUGGGAAAAGACUAGAAUGUCAUUUGAAAAGGACUAUAUGUACGACGGUUUUAGAGCGCCUUCCCCUCAUCGCUCAGUUCAGCGUACUCGGCCUCCUCGACCUCAGACAACAAAAGUCUCAAAUACUCAUCUCUUAAACUAACCAAUCCUCAACAAUGGCUUCCAACAACAACAUUACCCAACUCUCCGUCGCGCUUCCGCCUCGCGACCCGACCACCAACGGUCACGUUUGGUCUACCACCCCUGCGGAGCCCGCCACCCCUGUCAGCUCUUGCAAUGUUCCCGAUGGUGCCUGCUGCAGGGACACCCAGGGCAAGAAGGAGAGGGUUCUUCUGGACCCCGAUGUCGUCCGCGAUCUUGUCAUUGGCUUGUCUGAUGGCUUGACCGUCCCAUUCGCCUUGACCGCCGGGCUUUCCAGCACUGGCAACUCGCGAAUUGUCGUCUUGGGCGGUGUCGCCGAACUCAUCUCCGGCGCCAUUUCCAUGGGCGUUGGUGGAUUCCUCGCUUCUUCCGCCGAACGCGACCAUUUCCGCUUCCUCAAGAAGCAAACCCACGCUCGUGUGGAGCGUCUUUGCGAGGGGGAGAUGGGCCGUCAGGUGCACGAGAUUCUCGGUCCUGUCGGCAUCGACGAGAAUGCCUCUCAGCUCGUGGCAAAUGAGCUCCGCAAGAUCGAGUCUGCCAAUUACGGUGCGGACGGCAAAGAAAUCCGCCACCGCCACUUGGCCCGCAAGACCGUCGAUGCUGAGAAGGGGAGCCAGGCCGAGACCGACAUCGGAGCAGAAGACAUGGGUCUCACCGCCUUCUUCCUGAAGUUUGGUGAGGGUCUUGAAGACAUUCCCAUUCGCCGCCUAUACAUCUCAGCCCUUACAAUCGGCUCUGGCUACCUCUUUGGAGGAAUUAUUCCCCUCCUCCCCUACUUCUGGAUUGAACCUGCCUAUCUGGCCCUCUACUACUCAAUUCUCAUCACCGGAGUCGUCCUCCUAGUCUUCGGGGCGACCAAGGCGUUCUUCACCGGCGCCGCCGUGACGUGGAAAGGAUACGUUUGGGGGGCUGUAAGCAUGCUUGCGGUCGGCAGCUUUGCCGCCGGCAGUUCCUUCGGCAUUGUCUAUGCUAUCAACACCCGUCUUGGUGAAGGUGGUUGCUGAUCACAAUGCUGUAUCCGAGGCAGGAUCAACAUGGACCUUGACUGAUAUUUUACAAUGGCAGUUACUUCACCAUUGUUCAUACCAUCGAGACCUGUCCUGGUCGAGAGAGGUUCAAGAGAUCCUGUCAAAAUGGAACCGCCCAAAAGACUAUAAUUUCUUCCCUUCUCAUUGUUAUCCCCUAUAAUGGUUUGGUUCACGUCCGUAGUCCUCAUGUCCUCACGCACUUGUAC